AAUUAAUAUGAGCCUAGAAGAAAAACACAUUGAUCACGUCUUCCUUAACAACACCCAGACGGAGUGUGUCCAUUGACAUGGCAUAGUUUAAGGGAGUGUACGUCACACAAGCGAUGACAUCAUUUUAAAGAACAGAAGAAAUAUAAGAAGAACCGUUGGAAAGAAACGCAACUUUGUUUAUGUACAGCUAUCACGUGACCAUUUACGCAGAACAUACCCAAAAGUAAAGAUGGCUGCUCUUCAGGCCAAAGUCUUAUAUGAUUUUGAAGGAGACACUGCAAAUGGAGAAUUAUCUAUUCAUGCAGGAGACAUUGUUGCAGUGUCUAGUCAGGAUGUUGGUGAAGGCUGGUGGGAAGGUAGUAUUAAUGGAGGACCAUUAGGUUUAUUUCCUGCUACAUAUGUUGAGAUAUGUCAACGCCCACCUUCAAUGCCACCUCAUAUCAGUGUACAAGGUAGUGAACCACGGGGCUCAAUCAGUUCCUCCUAUUCAUCAACCUUCGACCAAUAUGAACAAAUAGAUGGCCGACUUGAUCCCAAUGAUUGGAACGACAAUGUUUCCUCUGCAUCAGAUACAUUCUCAGAAGAUUAUAACUUUGGCACAACACAACAAAGAUCAAACACAAUGUCAAGGACAGGAACAGUACGUAAAAGCAUGAAUAGAUUUUCGAAUUUUGUUAAAUCUGGUGGUGAAGAUUUUUUACUUGGAAACAAAGCAGAAUCAACUAUACCACAACAUGACCAACUAGUAACUAUAGAUGGCCCUGACGGAAUUGCAUGGCAACCAAAUUCAAUACCAUUCACUAUAAAAAUCACAGAACCUGAAAAAAAAAGUAAAUAUAAAGGAAUGAAAAGUUACAUCUCUUACAAUCUUCAACCGUCGCAUACUUCUGUUAUUGCUGGGCAUCGAUUUAAACAUUUUGACUGGUUAUAUGAACGUUUAUUUCAAAAGUUUCCAUGCAUAUCAAUUCCGCCAUUACCCGAUAAACAACUUACUGGGAGAUAUUCAGAAGACCUGGUAAAAAAAAGAAGAUAUUUAUUAGAAAAAUGGAUAAAUCGUGUUGCAAGACAUCCAGUGUUGGCUCAAAGUAUGGUGUUUGAACACUUUAUAAGUGUUUGUUCGGAAACAAGGGAAAAAGAAUGGAAAGAUGGCAAGCGAAAAGCUGAAACUGAUAAAGUUGUUGGAGCACAAUUUUUUUAUACUAUAUACGCCCCUCAGUUGAAUCUUUCUAUGCAUAAAGUUGAGACAGAGGUGGAUAGUUUCAAAGAUUUUGUAAAAAAUAUGGACGAUGGUUGUAAAAAAAUGAUUGAAAUCGGUGAAAACCACUGGGACAAAGUUUCCAGAUCAUAUAAAAACGAAUACAAGAAAUUAGCAAGUGGCUUGCAAGGUUUGAGUACAGCUUUUGCUACAGACAAUGCGCCAUAUUCAUUGGCGUUAACACAAGCUAUGAAUCACACAGGUGGAGUGUACAGUGAAAUAGGUGACAUGUGUCAAGAGCAGCCUAAAAAAGAUAUGUUACAAGUGCUAGAAGUGCUGCGGGAAUACACUGGCAUGCUGUCCACAUAUCCUGAAAUUAUAACUGUCCAUAAGGGAGCCCUCUCGAAAGUAAAAGAGUGUCAGAAACUACAAGAAGAAGAAAAACUAAAGUAUUCCGAGGUUGCGGAUAUAUCGCAACGAAUGGAUGUUGUAUCGUCUGCUAUGUUUGCGGAAAUUCAUCAUUUUCAACGAGAACGUUGUAGAGACUUCAAAGAAGUCAUGCAAUCCUACUUGAAAGAACAAAUUUCAUUUCACCAGGAUAUUAUUAGCCGAUUGAGUUCAUCGCUGGCGAUGUAUGAUCAAGUUCCGGACUAACAAGAACUCCAUAAUUAUAAAUUAAUAUAAUGUAUCACGGGUUUGAACACGUCAUGCUGCACGUGCAGGCUUUUGGGAGAACCGUAUAUACCUGUUGUGACCAUAGCCUUUUUUAUUGCUUCAAGACUAUUUAAGAUUCUACAUUUCGCUUUUUUUACAAAAAACAGCUUUUUGUAACCUCAAAAGGAAUUACUUUUUUCAAGUUCACUUUAGUUUGGUUUUAUCAAUAAAAAAACUCAUUCUUAGUAGAACACGUCCAUGAUUUCUAACGGAUAAUUUUAACAUUUUUAGCACCAAAAGAGUUAAGCGUUACUUUUUUGAAAUUCGUUUGUUUAUACUGUGAAGUAGCAUAUAGUGGUACGGUUUUAAAAAAAAUUUUCACGGCUAAUUUUUAAUAUUAGAAUAAAUUCUGUACAUGUGUACGCAACCUAAAUACCAGGGCUCUAAAGAAAUGUUAUGCCUGUCUAAGAGAAGAAAAGCUUUGGGAACAAGGUUGAUGAUAGAUUUUAAUUUAUGUAUCCUAUUCUUUUUCUUGGUGGAAAAAACGCCAUUGUUAUUUAUUAACUCCGAAUAAUAUUUUAUUACUAAUUUUAUGUGAUUUGAAUUAUAAUCCUGGAUUAGGCAGGUUGGUUAAGUUCAAUUUGUAUAAAAAACAACCUCGUCACCACGUUUCCCACUAUUUUGGGACAUUUAGAAAAUAUAUUUUUUUCGAAGA